UUUUGGUGUUUACAAUGACAAAUCUACCGUGUGGGCGCGAUUAGGGAGAGUGUACGAACAAGGGCAGACAUGGUUAGGUGGAGGCUGUGCCUGGCGCUUGCCGUCAUGCUGAUGUUACCCACGAGGAUCAGCUGCAAAUCCGACGACGAUGAGGAAGAAGACAGUGACAGUAAAGAAGGUAACAUUCGAACUUUGACGAAGGCAUCGAUCGGCAGGCGAGGUGAGGAGGGGGAGGAAGAUGACGACGACGAUGAUGAUGACGACGAGGAAGAGGGGGAUAAGAUUGGAGGACAGGCUAUAUCGGCGGAGGGUAACGCGGCAGCGGCGGCGGCCGCUCGCCGCUCACCAGGGGUACUUGCCACGCCCAAGGCACUCGGUCUAGCCAUCACCAGAACCGCCAAGAAACGUCCCCUCGAGUGCUACGUUUGUGCGUAUAAGUCAGAGACGCCGCUCAGAGCAUGCUUGGAUCCGACAAAAUUUAGAGUACACACGAUAACAUGUCACAGCGUGGACGACAAGUGUUUCACAUCAGUGAUAUCGAAGGGCGACUCGUACGAAGCUGUCGUGCGAGGCUGUCGAUCUGGCUGCGUCGGCUCCCCGGAGACCACGUGUUGUGAGCUAAACCGUUGCAACAACCAGGCGUUUGCGAUGCCUCUCAUCCAGCCGCGGUCAGCGCUAACCGAGAACAGACCUAGCAAGACGAACAAAUGUUUACCGCCCAACGUGGUAUUCUUCAUAACCGUACUACUAGUGCUACAAACCGUGGUCAAAGUCGCGUUCGUGUAGUGAGCAUUCAGAACCCAUCCCAAGAGGAACUACGGCUACAAAGCACUGCAAGAUGUCAUCUUGGGAACGCUUUAAGGUUGAAAACUUUCUACCCAUUAUAUCGCUUGACCCUGAAGCAAGUCUUUCACGUUUCAAAUGAUUGAGUUGUAUAGUUUA